CACACAUAAUUGGAAUUAUAAAUGAGACAACAAAGCACUGUACAUAGUGAGAGCGAGGGAGACAGAGGGAGACGGGGAGAAUUGCUCAGCAAUGGCGGAGUCCACAAAGACGAGGAAGACAAAAAUAGUGUGGUCGUAUUGGCCCCCCCUUGUUUCUCUCUCUUCGAAUCUGCCGUCUGCUUCUCUUGUAAAAAACUCUCUGUUUUUCCCUUCUUUUUUUCCUUCUCAUCACCACAAUGAUGAGGUCUCUUUCCAAAUCUUUGCCACAGACUCACCAGGAACCAUUAAUUCGUGCCCGUGAUGACCCAUUUUUUGAUGGCAUGAGAAGGGGUGAUGCAGCUGUAAUGGACACGGAUACCAUAUUUGAUUCUCGAGGAAAGUUUAGUGACCGUAACAUUUCUAGGUCGGUUUCAGAUAUCGGUGACAGAGGACCGAGAGAGAUUGCGGCUGAUAUAUCUGAAAAGUUUGCUUAUAGUCCCUCAAAAGGGUCACCUUCUGACAUUAUUCUAGAACCUUAUGGCCGCCGGUCAUUGUCUGGGAGGUGGUCAAAAUUCUCCAAAAGAUCUUCAUUUCCGUUACCAAGUAUUGAGUCAGAUUUGAGCAUUGACUUGGAAGAAGAAAAUGCCCUUGUAAAGGAGCCCAACCCAAGUAUAAAGUUAGAUUUGAGCAUUGACUUCGAGGAAGAAAAUGCUCCAGUAAAGGAGCCCAGCCCAACGAUAUGUGAAACAGAUGAAGAGUUAACAUUUCUGGCAAGGCCUGCAAUUGAAAGAUCAUAUAGUGUGAACAAGAUAAGAACUAAUCUUUCUAGAAUUCUGCUUCCUCCAUCUGCAGCAUCAUUCUAUAACGGGUACUCACCAGAACUGGAAAUUGUGGAAGUGUGUAAAUUCACUAACAGAUUAAAUUUCUAUCUGAAGGCUAGAAGGGAAGAUGUAAAUGCUGGUGUCCCGGGAAGAUUCUUGCACGCUGUAAUAGGGCAAGAUGUCGCUGAUGCUGGAUCAGUUGUCUCAACCAUCAUGUAUGCUUUCUACUUGAAUGAAACAUUGAAAAGCGACCAGUUCUGCACUGUGCCAAUCAUCAACAUGAAGAGGGCAGACCUAAACUCUCAGGCUGAGCUCAAAUGGUUACUUGACUCUUGUCUUUUUGAUCAGUCAUCAUUGAUUUUUGUUGAUGAGAUUGAUCUGUCAUAUUAUGAUCUAUUUGGGAGUCUUAAACUAGUUUUGUUAAAUGGAAAUAAGCUUCCAGCCAAACAAGAGGCACUAAAGGAGGCCUUGUUUGAAAUCUUCAAUUGCAGAAAGGAUGAAACUGCAUAUCCUUGGGUUGAGACUGUCACCGAGGGACAGGAAUGUUCAUGUUGUGCACUUAUUGCUGAAAAGUUUGUACUGACUUCACCAGAGAUAUUGACUGGGAAAGGAAUCAGCCGACUUCUGUUAGCAGGCAUCCUCUUGGAUACUGGAAACUUGUCAAACCCUCGUUGUACCAUGAAAGAUAAAUACAUAGCCACAUUGUUGAUUAAUGGGGCUGGUCGAUUUGGAUGCAAUGGUCUUUACCAGAUCUUAAGAUACAAAAUCUGUGAUUUAUCCAACUUCAAGGUAGAAGAUAUCUUGCGCAAGGAUUUCAAGAAGUGGACAAGAGUAGGUAAACCAGAAAACGCUGGUUCAAGAUUGAUGGUAUCACAUAUCGGGAUGAGUUCAAUUGGAAUGUCAAUUGGGGAACUUCUAGCUCAUGAGGACAGUGCAGCUCAAGAAAUCAUACAUUUCCAGCAGUUCGAGAAACUUCGACUUCUCAUGGUUGUUUCCAGCUAUUAUGAUGCUCAGAAGAAUUUCAAGAGAGAAAUCCUGGUGUCUGCCGAAUCCAUUGAACUUAUGAAAAAUGUUCUUCAAUUCUUCAAUGCGAAUGCCUCCCAACUGCCACUCAAACUUCUGCAUCAACCAGGUCUAGGAGAUGAGAUGAGGGCAUUUGAGAUUGAUAAGGUUACAUCAAGGAAGACUAUCGAGAGGCUGUUGGAAGAAUUUGGUGGGACGUCAAAACGCUGAUGUAGAAAAUGAUUAAACUAGAUGAUCAGCGUUCCUAAUAUUUGUCACUUGGCAUGCAAAAUUCUUUGUAAACGGUGAAGGAAAAUGGAGAAAUAAAAGUUGCCAAUAGGUGGCUGCAUAUUCGCAAAUAUUUCUUGCAGGCAAUGUGUGAACGAACCAGACACUCACUGUUUGAGUUCUCUCUCUUUGAGUUGAUUUAUUGAGCUUUUGUUUUGGUU